AAAGGGGGAAGUAGACUUUGUCAGCAGCAAGCACGCUCAAGGACUCGGUCACUCCUCCUCCUCCCCUCGGCCCCUGGAAUCUCCGUGUGUCUUUGAAAACAAAGUCAACCAAGUUGGUGACAAGGAAAGCCGGGACCUGGUCGUCGUCAGCGCGUCAAUGCGCCUCUCUUAGCCCGUUAGCUUAGCGGCGCCCGCGUCCUCCACGUCCGAUUUCCCUUCGGGACCUCACCUUCCCUUCCCGUCCAGCAUCACAACAACCGAAGGGAACCAAAUCGCUCUGCAAAGGAGCCGCUUUGUUGCUAGCAUAACACUCGGAGAAGCAGGGGCAAUCUCGAGUGCAGCUAAACUAGCGCCUUCGCUGGGAUCGAUUGUGUUGCUUGUUAGCGUCCAACGCAUCACCCGAACAUGAUUCCCGACAAGGCGCCCGAGGACGACGUCUUUCACGGGGCUGAGGAGAUGCGGAGGGGGGCUCACGUGCCCACCUUUGACAAGUAUAAAGAAAUGUACACGCAGUCCAUCGAGGACCCUGACAAGUUCUGGGGGGACGUGGCCAAGGACUUCUUCUGGAAGAGCAAACACACGGGCCGCUUCCUGGACUACAACUUUGACGUGACCAAAGGAGAGAUCUUCAUCAAGUGCAUGGAGGGCGCGUCCACCAACAUCUGCUACAACGUGCUCGACCGAAACGUUCACGACAGGAAGCUGGGUGACAAAGUGGCCUUCUACUGGGAGGGCAACGAGCCUGGCGAUGAGCUGACGGUGACGUACAGAGAGCUGCUGAACUGCGUGUGUCGCUUUGCCAACGUCCUGAGGUCACAGGGCGUGACGAAAGGGGACCGUGUAGCCAUUUACAUGCCCAUGGUGGUGGAGCUGGUGGUGGCCAUGUUGGCCUGCGCUCGCAUCGGAGCCGUUCACUCCAUCGUGUUUGCAGGUUUCUCUGCCGAGUCGCUGUGCGACAGGAUUGUGGACUCUCAGUGUUCACUGCUCGUCACUGCGGAUGGUUUCUACCGAGGGGAUAAGCUGAUCAACCUGAAACUCAUCGCGGAUGAAGCCCUGCAGAAAUGCACAGACAAGGGAUUCUCACUCGGUCGGUGUAUCGUACUGAAACAUUUAUCCAAGGAAGCGCAAGAGACUUCCCUCAGCUCUCCUCCCGCCAAACGACCGUGUCCUGACCUGCAGGAGACAGAAACAGGCAGAGUAAGAAAAACCCGUCCUGUUCCGCAGGUGCCGUGGAACCCGGAAGUGGACAAGUGUUGGCAUACUCUGAUGGGCGACGUGUCAGACGAGUGUGAACCGGAGUGGUGCGCGUCCGAAGAUCCCCUCUUCAUCCUCUACACCAGCGGCUCCACCGGCAAGCCCAAGGGCGUCCUCCACACCGUCAGCGGCUACAUGCUCUAUACCGCCGCCACCUUCAAGCUGGUGUUUGACCACCGGCCCGACGACGUCUACUGGUGCACGGCCGACAUCGGCUGGAUCACCGGACACUCGUACAUCACCUACGGGCCGCUGGCUAAUGGCGCCACCAGCGUCUUGUUUGAGGGUCUUCCCACAUACCCGGAUGUGAGCCGCAUGUGGGAGAUUGUAGACAAGUACCACGUUAGCAAGUUCUACACGGCGCCCACCGCCAUCAGGCUGUUGAUGAAGUACGGCAGCGAGCCGGUGCACAAGUACAAGCGAGACUCUCUGAAGGUUCUGGGCACGGUCGGAGAGCCCAUCAACCCCGAGGCCUGGCAGUGGUACUUCACGGUGGUGGGAGACGGCAGAUGUCCCAUCGUCGACACGUUCUGGCAGACGGAGACAGGCGGACACGUGAUGACGCCUCUGCCGGCUGCUACGCCCAUGAAGCCAGGCUCUGCUACAUUUCCCUUCUUCGGAGUCGUGCCAGCCAUCUUGAACGAGUCGGGCGAGGAGUUGGAGGGCACGAGUGAAGGUUACCUGGUGUUCAAGCAGCCGUGGCCCGGCGUGAUGAGAACGGUGUACGGAAACCACGGCAGGUUCGAAAGCACCUACUUCAAGAAGUUCCCGGGAUACUACGUGACCGGAGAUGGUUGCCGUAGAGACAAGGACGGAUAUUACUGGAUCACCGGGAGGAUAGAUGACAUGCUCAACGUCUCAGGUCACUUGCUGAGCACAGCAGAGGUGGAGUCGGCAUUAGUGGGGCACGAGGCUGUCGCCGAGGCCGCCGUGGUGGGCCGGCCUCAUCCCGUCAAAGGAGAAAGUCUCUACUGCUUUGUGACGCUACGCGAUGGCGCCGCAUUCAAUCACACACUGGAAGCCCAGCUCAAAAAACAAGUGCGUGAGAAGAUCGGCGCCAUCGCAACACCUGACUUCAUUCAGGACGCUCCAGCGCUCCCCAAAACCAGAUCAGGCAAGAUCAUGCGGCGCGUGCUGCGCAAGAUCGCCAGUGGCGAGCGGGACCUGGGCGACAUCUCCACGCUGGCCGACUCGUCGGUGGUGGAGCAGCUUUUCCACAACAGGUGCUGCACGGCCGUGUGACAACAUCCCGGCGCUCCCCGUCCACGGACCCGCUCGUCAUGUCGUCAUCUGCCAACAAAUGAUAAUAAUAGGAUUGGUAUGUGUGUGUUUGUGUGUGUGAAGAAUAAAUCCAUUUAUUUUCACUACUUUUUCACACACACACACACACACACAUUUAUUAAUAAUAAUUAUUCAAAUGACUUCCUGUCCUCCAAUUAGCCUUUAAUUUGUGUUGUAAGUUUUUCUUUAAGAUGCUUUGAAGUAUGUCUGCUCUUUGUAUUCAUUUGUUUUGUCUGUGUUGGGUUUUUAAACGAAGACGUUUUGGAUUAAAAACAUGAAUUUGGUGCCCA